GUCAUGGGGCUGUGCCGAUGAGUGUUGGUUCAAGUCCGUGGGUUUCGCUGACGCGUGAAGAAUGAAGAUUCCAAAUGUGUUAAGUUACUAGUAUUAUUUAAUGCGCCGUCAUGUCCUGAGAUAGUGGAUACCCCAAAGGAAAGCAUGACCUGUUAUUGUUUGCUCCGGUGGACGUGUGUUCCUAAUCCAGCUCUCUACAUAUAAUCGUAAGCGCACUCUAUGGCAAAUAACUAUAUAAACCCACCAUCUUUAGCGAUUUGGCGAUACAGAAACCGUAGCACAGUAAAGGUAAUCGGUAUUAUAGACAACCAAGAUGCGGCGUAUACAAGUGGAAAAGCGACCUAACGCGACUCGGCUCGUCCAGAGCCAAGGCCUCGUAUACUCCAAGACGCCCGCGCCUGGAGAUACCUCAGACCCAUAUUGGCCAGACAACAGAUACUAUUCUUUCAACAGCAAAGAGAUCGAGCUCCUUGAGAAAGCCGGGCAAGACGUCUUCGCCAUGUGUUGCGAAGCUGCCGAUAUCCUCGUAGAAAGCCCAGAAGUGAUGACGAGCAAAAUGGCGAUUCCCGCAUUCGCGCUCAGACAGAUCAAGGAAUCGUGGAAUCGGGAUCCCGCUUGGGGAAGUAUUUACGGCCGUUUCGAUAUCUGCUUCGGCGGGCUCGACCAUCCGGACCCGAGACUGCGGGUGCCCAAAUUUUACGAGUUCAACGCGGACACGCCGACGUCGGUUGUAGAAGCCGCGUCGAUACAAUGGUUCUGGCUCGAGCAGACAGGCCACGGAAACGACCAGCUCAAUUCUAUCACCGAGAGGCUCAUCGACGCCUGGAAGAGGAAUCUACUUCUGAUAGAGAAGGCGUUAGGUCAUCGUCCCGUCGUCCACUUUGCCAUCGGACACGGCGAGCAUACGGGAGAAGAUGCCAUGAAUACCACGCUAUUAAUGGACACUUGCCAGCAGGCAGGAUGGACCACUAAGUCCUUGUAUGUAGAGCAGAUCGCCAAGUCCCCCUCCGGCCGAUUCUUCGACCAAGACGGCCAGCACAUCGACGUCGUCUUCAAGCUCUACCCGUGGGAGUACAUGGUGGAGCAAGACUUCGGAGAAGCAUGCUUCCAGGAUAUGGAGCGGGUUGGACAGCGCAGCGCGGCCGGCGAAUACGUCGGAGGUACGGUCUGGAUCGAGCCGCCGUACAAGAUGCUCUGGAGCAACAAGGCCCUGUUCGCCAUAUUAUGGGACCUCUUCAAAGACGACCCUCGAUCCAGAUGGCUUCUCCCGACGUACUUGGAGAACGAGGCGCCUGCCUCCCUGACCCGAUUCGCGCGGAAGCCGAUUUUCGCGCGCGAGGGCGCCGACGUCGUGCUGCAGUCGGACGGAGACGUGAUUCAGGACGCGAGGACGGGGCGCUACGGCAAGGAAGGCUACAUCAUGCAAGAGCUCGCGCUGCUGCCCGAGUUCAAGGACGAGCAGGACGAGCAGGACGCCGCGUCGUACUACCCGGUGCUAGGCCUAUGGCUCAUAGACGGCGACGUAGCGGGGAUGGGGAUCCGCGAGGACAAGACGCCCAUCACGACGAACGGAUCGUGGUUCAUCCCGCACUCCAUCUCGGACGGGCCGGUGUGCUACGACAGGACGCGGAUACCUGAUGCGGACGAGAUUGAGGCAGCGCUGACGCUGGAGAGCUAUGCGGAUCUGAAGCAGUCUAAUGGGGGGGUGAUGGAGUAUAUAGAGAGUGUAGUGGGCUAAGUAGUCUAGUCUUUAGCUAUUACCUACAUACUACAUAUCUGAUUCUGCCUCGUAUGCAUGAGUUCGUAGCCAUUUCCCCGAACAAUCAAACCACCCAGUAGUAAGCCUGGAAUCUAUAAUAUAGAAGUUAUUCUAGUUAGUAAAAUAUAUGCGAUGCAUGACACCAGUAGGUAGGUAUUUUUCAGUCUGUACA